AACAAACCAGUGGCGUACUGCCACACCUGCUCAGACUACCUGUGUGAAGAAUGUUUAAAAGCUCACAAAAAAGUAAAAGCUCUUCGAGAUCACAAGACAGUCACUAUCACUCCAGGGAAGGCUCUUGAUAUCGAGCCCCAGUCAAAGAAGAGCUAUUUGUGCAGUGUUCAUCCCGAAGAACCACUAAAGCUUUACUGCAAGAGUUGUAAGAGCUUGGCCUGCCUCCUGUGCUUUGUGGGGCUACACAACGGCCAUGACAUUGGAAGCAUUGAUGGCAAAACAAGACAAAAAGUGGAACAAAGUAUCAACAAUCUGGUGAAAGAAACAGAUUCGAAAUUGAUAGAAUUCGAAGACAACUUGAAAUACGUUUCUACCCUUGAAAAAGAAAAAACAAAAGCUCACAUUCCACUCAAAGCCCAAGUUGAUAAGAAGGUUAAUUUUCUCAUCCAACAACUUGAAGCAAGGCGUAAGGAACUACACAAGGAGAUUGACGAUGCUUGUACGAAAGACCUCAAAGAAUUGUGGGCACAGAAAGAAUACCACGAGACAGCCAUUACGAGCAUGGAGGGUGCUCUGAGCUUUGCCAGAAGAGCUCUAGCCUGCAAGGAAGACGCGGAACUACUGGCCCUCUGUGCACAAGUCACCUCCAGACUGAAAGAGCUGAGUCAGCUAAAAUGGGACAGUCAAGCCACAGAGAAAAUCGAAAUGACAACCCUUGAAUUCAAAGAAACUAACGAGCAAACAUACAUGUAUGCACAUCCUGUAGUGGUUCGUUUAAAAAAGGGGGAAGUACCAUCCAGUUUUAAACUUGUUGGGGAGUUACGAUCAACAGCUGCUAGGCCAACCAUACAAAUCACCACCGAUAAACAAGAAUAUCGUGUCCUAUAUCCUUUAGGUGAAGACGCUCGCAUUCAAGUUACAGCAAGAGUGAAAAUUAAUGGAAAGAAUGCUCUAAACAACACAAAAAUAACUAUUUCAGCCACUGAUUCACGUAAAGGUUACCCAGCAUCUUACUACGGUGCUGAACAAUUUGAUUUUCAAGAAAAUGCUGAACCCAAUAGUUGGACAGUCAAGUUCAAUCCUAAAACUGAAAAGAAGUACAGAAUUGUAAUUCUAGCAUGUGGGAAAUAUGGAGACACAAUUCUGGAAGGCAGUACUGAACAUAUCGUUCAGGUAGAGAGAGUCAAAAGUGAACCACACGUGUAUCCAGAUUUUGUCAAAAGAAAAAUUAGAUUGUAAUUGACACAGUCAUGUAGUUAUAAGUUAUGUACAUACUGUGCACAUGACUGUAAUGAUCUCUUAAAACGUACAAUUUAUUAAGUGCGUGUAACCAUGCAUACGAAAUGCAGAUCAUAUUUUACACUGUAUACAAGGCCCACAACAACAAUCUACGUUUAUCAACCUACA